AUUAUUAAAUUGAAAGAUCACAUCUUCGAAAAGCAUGAGAUUUCUCUGUCCUACGAGAAUUUUUGAAUUUUCUCAAGACGAGAAAUCAUUUUCUUCUCAUGAACUCAAGUUCAUGUCACUUGCAUUAUAUUUAGAAUUUUAUAUCUUUUAGGAAUUUAAUUACGUAAUAUCUUGCAGAACGAGCGUAAAAUUUACGAUCAAUUUUACAUGCGUUUGAUUAAUAAUGAAAGGAUUUAUCGCCAAUUCGACACAAGAAUUCCUGAAAUUUCUGAGUUCUGCAAUCAAAUGAGGAAACAAUGCGAUUAGUAAGUCUUUGCGAUAAGAAUCUCGUCCUGUUCAAAAAAUUUUUUCUCUCAGUGUAAAAAUUAAAUUAUCUAUGAGGAAUCUCACGAUUUUACAAAUUCUCGAGAGAUUAUUUUUUCAUAUGAAGUAAAUUUUCUUUGUUGAAUGUAAUUUUAUCGUUGAGUCUAAAAGCAUGAUGAUUCCCAAUUAUUAAUUAAUGUUUGACCUAAUGAAAAAUAGCGUAAGUUACAAAUCAGCGUUAAUGAAUAGCGAAAUUAUUUAAUAAUCGAAGAGGUCCAAUAUCAGUCACAGAUCAUCAAGGCAGUAAUUUUCUUGAAAGACAAAUUAUUAUUCAAAAAGAUAUUAUUCAAGUCAUUGAAUGCAAACUAUUUCAAAUAAAUUUUGUAGAACUAGAUAAGGAUUCUUGAAUGGAAAUUUCAAACGACAGAGAUAAGUCAGAUUGAACUGGCAUAAAUCCAAGGUGCUAUUUUCAACUGAACGUAACUAGCUAACGCUUCUAGCUCAGUAAUCGAAUUACUAUGAUGAUUCUUCUUUCGGUGGGCCAACAAAGAACGUAGUGCUUCAGUUGUACGAAUCCUGAGGAGCCACCAUUUAGUACUAUUUGUUCUCAAAUUGGUCAAAAAUAACCUUCAACAAAAUUUGAAAAUUCGCAAAAAAGUUCUGUUCCCUAAAAUACUGUUUUUUUUUUAGAAAUUUUGGUAAAUCACAAGAUAGAUAUCGCAUUUGAAAAUUUAAUGGCAUUGUGAACCCAUUUACUUAAAAAUCACUCAUGGUUUUCAAGUUAUUAAUAACUUUACAAUAUUGAGUGGAUUGACGAACGGGUCGAAUCCUCAAAUUUAUUACGCAACCGUUUUUGAUGAAGUCAUAUUUUCACUGAUCGAAUUUCAACAUUUAGAUUGACAUAAUUAAUUUUAUUUUUUAACGGUGAAAGGAAAGUAGUGUAAAAAUAAUGUGAGAUUAACACUGUAAUAAAAAUGUGGAAGAAAUGUUUCCUGGUACAGCUACAAUAAAGAAACCAAAACAUCCUGCUAAACUUGGCAAAUUACUUGAAAAAAGAAGAGAGGCAAUUCUUAACAAAUGGCGAGAUGACGUGUGUAGUGGAGAAGAGCUUCCAGAAGUGGAGAUAAUAAGUCUACUGGAGGAACAGAUACCCAGAUACCGUCUUCGCGCUGAUACGCUCACACAGUUUCAAGGAUACGAGAACGCAGACUGGUUUAUCCCUACACCUGCACUCAGUCAAAAAGAAGCUGACGUUAAAUUAUCACAGGAUCAAAUUCGAGAAACACUCAACUACUUCAUUCUAUGCAGCAAUCGAGUGAGCCAAAUGACCAAGACCUAUAAUGAUAUCGAGGCAGUGACUAGGCUUCUGGAGGAGAAAGAAAAAGACUUAGAAUUAACCGCCAGAAUCGGCAAGGAACUCCUAACUCACAACCAAAAGCUAGAAUCAACAGUAAGUGUUUUGGAAUGUGAUUUGAAAUCAGCGAAUGAGAAAAUAACUCAGCUGAGCCACGAGCUCCUAAAGAAAACAGAAUUGAUCCAAAUUCUGACGAAUGAUGUGGACGAGUCAGGAUCAGAGGGAGGGACCCCCACGGGUCUUCGAGGUAUCAACUUGGACCUGAUGCAGCGUCGAAUCUACUCCCUGGAAGACGAGAAUAAACAAUUAAAAACAGAGUUCAGUCGUUUAGUGAAGGAUGCCGAUGACUGCGAGGCACAAGAAGCUAGACUUGUGAAAGACAUUGCAAGUCAGUUAGCAAAUGCGAACAUGGAGGUGGACGGAAUCGCUGAGGAAUUGGGACGUCAAAAGGACGAGAAUCGACUACAACACGAGCAAAUAACUAGUCUAACAGCAAAAUUAUCUGAGACAGAAUUACGUCUAGCUAAAUUACUAACAGAACACGAUGAAGUUACGGAAACAUUGUUAAUAACACGAGAGAAUCAAAAUUCUCUUGCUGCCGAAUUGGCUGAUUUCAAGGAGAAAUAUGCGGAGAUAUCGCACCUGUUGGAAGUAACACAGGAUGAACUUCGUAAGCAACGGAAGAGGGGACUUCCUACUGUCAGAGGUGGCAGUCUAUUUCCAUCUAUGGGUGCUGCACCUCAACCAGAUUCUAUAGCUUCGGAACUCGAAUCAUCUCUUUAUUCUGAAUUGAGUUUAGAUUCUGGAAUUAUGGCAGACAGAGCUCCGACCUAUAGAAAGGUAUUUGAGACUGUUAGGAGUGUGUCCAGGGUAUCGAGUACUCAGGAUAGCAAUCAGUUUCCAAGAAUCGGAUCGAUGACAACUUCAACAUUGUCUACGGGUUCUAAUGGACCUAGGAUGAGUUGCGGACCCAUUCGAAGGUAUCUAGAUUCUGCUGGACAAAGUGAUAGUGAAGGAUCUCUGAUUGCUGAUCCCGAAGAGUAUCCGGGACCACAGCCUACUGGAGUCCCAGGAGCACCAGGUGCUGCGGACCUCGAGGCCGCCCUUCGGCGUCUUACACCUGCAGAAGUAAUUGCCCGUCGAGCUUGUCUGAGCACAGGAACAGGCUACAACUUCGAUUACGAUGGGGGGAUGAUUCAUUCACCCCCAAUCUUUCUCCCCAUGGGCUGCCGCACUCCUGACAGCAUAAUGUCAACAGGUUCCAGUGGAAAUCUCUCUGGAUUCAGCAACAAUACCACCGGCUGGCGCUUACCUGAAAAGCUUCAAAUAGUUAAACCUAUGGAAGGAUCUCAAACUCUUCACCAUUGGUCCCAGCUAGCUACUCCUACCCUGGGCGGGCUGUUAGAAGAACGACCUGGUGUAAAAAUUCGAGGGGGACGAGCUUUGGAAGAUCUUGGCCUCGAAACAUUUACCUUGGCUGAUUUAGAGGAAGAUGAAGAGUAUUCGAACCCAGGGAAACUUUUCCAAGACACCGGCUCAGUCUAUACAUUUACGAACAGCACUGUCCUCCAUCCAGAAGAUCCCACUCACAUUACUUCAAGCGUCAUUGGCUCUAGGGUCGCUACAGCCCCUAGCAGCGUCAUCAAUUCAGGUAUGAAUACACCAAGAACUCUAUCAAGACGUAACUCAACGUCAACGUUUUCUACGACUCUGGGUCUUGCCAAAAUGUUGAAUGAACGUGGAAUAAAAGCAGCUACACCUUCCUGUAUGGCGACUCCUUGCAGUGAGCGCAAUUAUACCCCUACAGCAACGCCUUGCAACAGUCCAGAUGGCACGCCACCACAAUCUCGACCUUCAUCCCCUGAUGACAGUCCAGUAGGUUUUGGACUGUUCUCCACGGGUGCUGAACUUAUCAAAAGAACAUUUGGAAGUGAAUCCUCGCAAUUGUCCCAGAGUAAAAGGAAACGUAAGACGACUCUUUCGAGGGCUGAGAAGAAAGCAAUGGGUGGCAUCCGAUUGGUGGAAAAAUUGGAGAGAAUGGGAAUUGAUACGAUAAUGGCUACAGCUGGGGGCUCAUCUGUACUCCCUCUGGCACUUCAGGGUGCUCUUUGUACUAGGAGAUCUGUUGGCAGCCCAAUGGCACAGCUGACUUUUCUCAAAGGAUCCAUUUCUUCAGAGCAGUUAGGAUCAGCCUCUUCGUCGCUCUGUGGAGACUCGAAUUUUAGUGAGAUAGAUGAGGAUCAGGUAGAUGAGACCAGGGAGAAAAGGCCGGGGAUUGGUGGAAGAGGUCAGGGUGGUAGACGAAGAGGCGGAGGGAGUAUGAGACCUGAUUUGGGACAGGUUACGAGUGCUGUUUCUACAUCAGUCACUAAAGAAUCUGCCACACAGUCGACCUUUGGUGUAUUGAGUUCUAUUUUGUUCGGGAGAAAGGGGGGAUUGCUUUAAUUUUAUUUCCGGUGCGAGAGGUGAUUAUGUCACCUCCAGUAUGACGGUCGGAGAUUAUACAGUUCAUUAGAAAUUAUAUGAUUUUAUGAUUUUGUUUGUAUUCAGAGACCUUAAUUUAACUGGCAUGACAAAAAGUAAACAACGAUACAGUUGCUUUUGAAUACAAAGGGUUAAGGUACUCGAGAUUCAAUUAUAGAGACUAUAAUUGUUAAUUAGCCUUGCAGGUAAAGUUGCAAUAAUUAUCGGAAGAGAGAAUGUCGAAAUCAUUUGGUGGCAAGAAAUUCUUGUAUUGUGUCAUUUAAUUCUUAAAUUUACUUUAAAAAAUUGAAGGUUUCAGCACCAUGAAAUUAAGGCCAUUUUCAAUUGGUCCUUUGCCUAUUCAGAGGAAUAAAUUGCCAUUUCAAUUUAUUCCGCCACUUGCCAGAAAAAAAAACUGUAAAAUCACAUAAAUUGUUGCGUUUUAUUUUGUAACGAACUGUUUUGUAUGUAAUAUUCAUGUUGAUUGGAUUUUCAUUAGUUUACACGCUAAUCUAGGAAGUUCUACGUUGAACGGUGAUAUAAAAAGAAGUCUUUUAAAUGAUGAACGAACAAAAGGAAACGAAAAAAUCAACAGAAAUGACAGAAUGGUGAAAUUGAAUGUGUACAUACGUAAAAUAGGUGCAUAAAACGCUCAUUAGGUGCAGUUGAUAUUUCUAUUUUUAUUUUAAUUGAUACGAGGCUGCAUAUUAGUACAGUAAAACCUGUCAAAGUUAUAUACUCUCAUAAGUUGUGCACGUCUAAGUUCGAAAAUUAUCUCUCACAAUUUAUACCUACCAGCCAAAUUUGAUGGUGAUGUUUAUCCAAAUUUUAAGUGUUUGGAUUUAGUAUAACUUAUGAGAGUUUCAUUAAACGAUUUCAUGUAACUUAUGAUAGAUUAUCCUGUAAAAGCAAAGACUAGUCACAAGUGAAGAGGAUUGAGGAAUGAUAUGAGAGUAUUCGAAUAUUCUCUUAGGCGAAUGAUGAGAGGGGGGGUUCUAGGAAUAUAGUAUUUGAAUGCCACUAUAUUAAACUUUGUAGAAAAAUUGCCUUCAUCAAAAUAUCAGGGUUGAGCGGGAAAAAAUGUAAAUAUCAUGUAAGAUUGUAAGUAGAAUGGAAUUCAAUGGGGACGCUUUUCCUGCUCUGUUCUUGAUCAACUAUCUGCACAAAUGUAUUUUCAUUUUGCAGUCAAUACAAAACAAAAAAAUCAUCCGAUUUUCUAUCGAUCAUUGUGUUUUUAAAAGUGAUUUAUUUGCUACUGCCAGUCUUGUUCAUUCAGACCGUGUAUCUAGCUGUUAUAGUUUAUAAACGUUUUGUUCAUUUUUUCGAUUUCAUUGGAACUCGCUGCUAUUAAGUCCCCACGAGUGUUCAUAUAUAAAUAUAAGGGAGAUCGGGGAGGAAUUAAUCAAAUAAAAUACUGCGAAAAAUGCAUCACUCGCACGAUUGACGGAAGUUUUUAUUUUUCUUCAAUUUAGUUCAAAAGUGACAGAUUGAGAUGAUUUUGUGUAGUACUUUUUUGCACUUCCAAAGAAUUUUUUCGGCACAUUUUCCUUUUACACAUUGAAUAAUAAUGGUUGCAGUCUUUCAAUAUUGAAUAUAAUCUCUUCAUAGACUUUUACGCGAAUGAACUCGCGUGGAUUAAUAAUGAAUGAAAGGAGAUAUGAAAAAAUUCAAUGGGGCCGUAAGUAGUAGAUCACAAUUAUUUCAAUUUGCCUCGGUUUCCCAUACAAAAAUGGUGAAAAAUAAGGAAAAUAGUUGAUGGCCAUUAUAUUGUAAAAAACAUUUACUUGGUGAAUUCUGCUGGCUAUCAAUUCCUAAUGAAAUUUAACUUAUCGUAUAAUUUUCUUGGCAUUAUCAAAACGAUUUCAGCCGCAGCUGAGAAAAGUACUCAUUAUUUUAUGCCAUUUUUAUUUGUUUCAUAAUUUUUCUGACCUGUGAAAGUGGUGCAAAAUUUCACCGAAUUUCAGAUUUAUAUGCACUAACUCGUGUGGCUUUAUCUGCGACUCCAUAAAAUCCAUUGAUCAAUCGAUGGAUUGAUUGAUUAAUUGAGGCGUAGAAAAUCCGGUGCAGCCUUGUACACAGUCGUGCAAAUUUUGAAAAAUGCAGAUCUCCCAGAUCAUUGCAACAGUUUUAAUAGAAAAUAUACACCUAGACGAAUCACUCUCACGUCAGAACACAUGAAUUUCCGUCUGAAUGUUAUGAUCUGAUCAACUCAGGAUUUUCGAAACUCAUUAUAUGGAUUCUCGCUGUUGAGAUUUCUCAGAACAUCAUCCAGCCUUCAUUUAUUCUGAAGAUAGUUGAUGAUUUGUAGUUGACAGGGCUCAUGUUGAAUUUUUCGUUCUUUAAUUUUUUUUUUUAGAGGGCCUAAGUUUAUUUCAAUACAUUUUGUGUUGUGCAAUCAAUUUUUUAUAUAUACAAAAAUGCGGAAAUGUACAUUAAAUGAUGCCUUUAUUUAUAAUAGACUAGGAAGAACUCCGAAGUUAGCAUUUUUCUCCAUUGACUCUUAACAUGAAAUGAUGAUGUUUGAAACAUGUCUAGUGAAGGUGAAAGCGGCUGUUCGAUGAAGAUAAUAGCGUUUUUUUUUGGAACGGUUAUU